AAAUCUUCUGAUAAGAUCCUUAUUCUGUUUAAAUCUUGUUCGAUUAAGAAUUUAAUCAAAUUAAGAAAAAUCAUACUCAUUUUGGAUAUACAAAAGAAAAGGAGUAAUCUUUUGUUGAUUUUCUUGUUCUUGGUUUAAAGAAGAUGGAAAACAAAGCGGCGGUGAGGUUUACGGUAGGGAGGCAAUCGUCGAUGGCACCGGAGAGAGGAAGAGGCGAACUGGAUCGAAAAGAGAAAGAGGAAGGAGAAGAGAUUGACGGAGGAGUUAGACUUAUGUAUUUAGCAAACGAAGGUGACUUAGACGGCAUUCGUGAUCUCUUGGAGUCGGGUAUCGACGUAAAUUUCCGGGACAUCGAUGAUCGGACCGCUCUCCAUGUUGCUGCCUGUCAAGGACAGACCGACGUCAUAUCCUUGCUCCUUCAACGUGGCGCCAAUGUCGAAUCUAAAGAUCGCUGGGGAAGCACUCCUUUGGCGGAUGCUAUAUAUUAUAAGAAUCAUGAUGUGAUUAAGCUUUUGGAGAAACAUGGAGCUAAGGCUUUGAUGGCUCCAAUGCAUGUAAAACACGCGCGUGAAGUCCCAGAAUAUGAAAUUGAUUCAAAAGAACUUGAUUUUACUAACAGCGUCCACAUUACUAAGGGAACCUUCUGUAUAGCAUCAUGGCGUGGAACACAAGUUGCUGUAAAAAAGCUUGGGGAUGAAGUUAUUACUGAUGAGGAUAAAGUGAGGGCAUUUAGAGAUGAGCUUGCAUUAUUUCAGAAAAUUCGACAUCCAAAUGUAGUCCAAUUUCUUGGUGCGGUAACUCAAAGUAGUCCCAUGAUGAUUGUGACAGAAUAUUUACCAAAGGGAGAUUUACGAGCAUUUUUGAAGAUAAAAGGAGCAUUGAAACCAAUGACAGCUCUGAGAUUUGCACUUGAUAUCGCAAGGGGAAUGAAUUAUUUACAUGAGAAUAAACCAGCACCAAUAAUUCACCGAGAUCUUGAGCCUUCAAACAUUUUGCGGGAUGAUUCGGGACAUCUGAAAGUCGCAGAUUUUGGAGUUAGCAAGCUGCUUACUGUUAAAGAAGAUAAACCUCUAACUUGUCUAGACACAUCUUGCCGAUAUGUUGCUCCAGAGGUUUUCAAUGAUAAUGACUAUGAUACCAAAGUAGAUGUGUUUUCAUUUGCUCUAAUCCUACAGGAGAUGAUUGAAGGCCACCCACCAUUUUCUGCAAAGCAAGACAAUGAAGUUCACAAGGCAUAUGCAUCAAGGGAGCGUCCGCCUUUCAAAGCUCCGGCUAAGCAUUAUGCCCAUGGGCUUAAAGAGUUAAUUGAGGACUGUUGGAAUGAGAAGCCUGCUAAGAGACCUACAUUCAGACAGAUUAUAACAAGACUGGAAUCCAUUCACAACAGUUUCAGUCAUAAAAAGUGGUGGAAGGUUAGGCCACUAAAAUGCUUUCAGAAUCUGGAGGCAAUGCUGAAGAAAGAUCACUCUAGUCCAACCAGUCGUAGCUUUUCGUCACAUUCCACUGGCAGCAUAUGAGUCCGAUAGUUUAUUUUCCAAAGCUUAUAAUUGUGCAUAAAUUUUCACGUUCACUUGUUAAUCAGUUUGUUGGCUAAAAGACCAAGUUGUAUAAUCAGAGGAGCAUACCAUUUUUUUUCUUUGCUAAUUUGUUUGUAGUCCUUGAAUUUGAUAUCUUUCAGAUUUGUUCUCCCAACGGAGAACUACAUUUGUAUCACUCCAUAGCAUUGUAUCUUUUCGUGUACAUUAUGUUAUUAUAAUCCAAUAUUUUACAAAUUUUAAACAA